AUGGAGGCAGAAAUGGGGAGCAGCACGGAGACUGGAAAGACAGCCAGUAGAGGCACUCGAAUCGCCCUGGCUGUGUUCAUUGGUGGCACCCUGGUGCUGGGCAUGAUCCUCUUUCUAGUGAGUCAAGGUUUCUUAAGUCUCCAAGCUAAACAGGAGUACUGCUUGAAGCCAGAAUGCAUCGAAGCUGCUGCUGCCAUCUUGAGUAAGGUAAAUUUCUCUGUGGACCCUUGUGAUAAUUUCUUCCGGUUUGCUUGUGAUGGCUGGAUAAACAGUAAUCCGAUUCCUGAAGAUAUGCCAAGCUAUGGGGUUUACCCUUGGCUGAGACAUAACGUUGACCUCAAGUUGAAGGCACUUUUGGAGAAAUCCAUCAGUAGAAGGCGGGACACUGAAGCCAUACAGAAAGCCAAAAUCCUUUAUUCAUCUUGCAUGAAUGAGAAGGCGAUUGAAAAAGCAGAUGCCAAACCAUUGCUACAUAUCCUGAGGCACUCACCUUUCCGCUGGCCUGUGCUUGAAUCCAAUAUUGGUCCUGAAGGAGUUUGGUCAGAGAGGAGGUUCAGUCUUUUGCAUACCCUUGCAACAUUUCGUGGUCAAUACAGCAAUUCUGUGUUCAUCCGAUUGUAUGUGUCCCCUGAUGACAAGGUGUCCAACGAGCACAUUUUGAAGCUGGACCAAGCAACUCUCUCCCUAGCCGUGAGGGAAGACUACCUGGAUAAUACCACAGAAGCCAAGUCUUAUCGGGAUGCCCUUUACAAGUUCAUGGUGGAUACGGCUGUGCUUUUGGGAGCUAAUAGCUCCCGAGCGGAGCAUGACAUGAAGUCAGUGCUUAGAUUGGAAAUUAAGAUAGCGGAGAUAAUGAUUCCACAUGAAAACCGAACCAGUGAGGCCUUGUACAACAAAAUGAACAUUUCCCAGCUGAGUGCUAUGAUUCCCCAGUUUGACUGGCUGGGCUACAUCAAGAAGGUCAUCGAUGUCAGAGUCUACCCGGGCCUGAAAGACAUUGGCCCCGCAGAGAACGUGGUCGUCCGUGUCCCGCAGUACUUUAAGGAUUUGUUUAGGAUAUUAGGCUCUGAGAGGAAGAAGACCAUUGCCAACUAUUUGGUGUGGAGGAUGGUUUAUUCCAGAAUUCCAAACCUUAGCAGGCGUUUUCAGUAUAGGUGGCUCGAAUUCUCACGGGUAAUUCAGGGGACUACAACUUUGUUGCCUCAAUGGGACAAAUGUGUAAACUUUAUCGAAAGCGCCCUCCCUUAUGUUGUUGGGAAAAUGUUUGUGGAUGUGCACUUCCAGGAAGACAAGAAGGAGAUGAUGGAGGAAUUGAUUGAGGGUAUUCGCUGGGCCUUUAUUGACAUGCUGGAGAAAGAAAAUGAGUGGAUGGACGCAGGGACAAAAAGGAAAGCCAAAGAAAAGGCGAGAGCUGUUUUGGCAAAAGUUGGCUAUCCUGAGUUUAUAAUGAAUGAUACUUAUGUUAAUGAAGACCUCAAGGCAAUCAAGUUUUCAGAAUUCGACUACUUUGGCAAUGUCCUGCAAACCCGCAAGUACUUAGCACAGUCUGAUUUCUUCUGGCUGCGAAAAGCGGUUCCAAAAACAGAGUGGUUCACGAAUCCAACGACCGUCAAUGCCUUCUACAGUGCAUCCACCAACCAGAUCCGGUUUCCAGCAGGAGAGCUCCAGAAGCCCUUUUUUUGGGGAACAGAAUAUCCUCGAUCUCUGAGUUAUGGAGCUAUAGGAGUAAUUGUUGGACAUGAAUUUACACAUGGAUUUGAUAAUAAUGGUAGAAAAUAUGAUAAAAAUGGAAACCUGGAUCCUUGGUGGUCUACUGACUCAGAAGAAAAGUUUAAAGAAAAAACAAAGUGCAUGGUUAACCAAUAUAGCAACUAUUAUUGGAGGAAAGCUGGCUUAAAUGUGAGGGGAAAGAGGACCCUGGGAGAAAAUAUUGCUGAUAAUGGAGGUCUGCGGGAAGCUUUUAGGGCCUACAGGAAAUGGAUAAAUGACAAGAGGCAGGGAGUUGAGGAGCCUCUCCUACCAGGCAUCAUCUUCACCAACAACCAGCUCUUCUUCCUGAGUUAUGCUCACGUGAGGUGUAAUUCCUACAGACCAGAAGCUGCCCGAGAACAAAUCCAAAUUGGUGCUCACAGCCCCCCUCAGUUUAGGGUCAAUGGUGCAGUUAGCAACUUUGAAGAAUUCCAGAAAGCCUUUAAGUGUCCACUGAAUUCCACGAUGAACAGAGGCCUGGACUCCUGCCGACUCUGGUAG